AUGCCCGAUCCGUUGGAAUACGACGACAAGUUUGAGUUUCUCUUUCAGUCAGAAGUUCUGACCUAUCUUUCGUUGAAGGAUGAUAUUCAACCUGGUGUGCGCAUUGUUUCAAAAUCCUGGCGAUUGGCGUGUGAAGCUUACAAGACUGCUUGGAUUGAAGCUCUUGAUGCGAAGCACUCGGUAGUCGUGCUCGAACUCAUGUCAGCUAAGGGUAAAAUGCUGAAUAGUAACACAGCCAAGAUCACCGGAAAACGGGAUGCAAAGUCACAUCGCUACCCAAUUCUUGUCAACAACUGGCUUACGGGCGAAUCUGAUAUUUUGACUAUUAAAAUAUGCAAUUUGAAUCCCACUGCCACUCAUCGAGCUGAUCCUGAAGCAGACGCUCCUGAUUUGCUUCAAUAUUCAAGGAAUGCGAAACUCAGAAGAUCGCAUGGGAUGAUGCUUGAUCAGAUGCUCAUGCUCGCUAGAUAUGAAACUAAUACAAUCAAUGGAAAUCUGGUCCCGGGAGAGUUCAGGGACUUUAUCAAUCUACCUAGAGGUCAUCCAGCUCUUGCACAGUUAAAUGCCAAUAUGUGGACGUACUGGACAGUGCCUCCAAAGCUAGCUGGACUUUACGGCCGUGGAACAGUUUCAGACUUGGUUAGCAUGGCUCUAAUGAACAAUGAUCCUAGCCUGGUUAUGGCCAAAGAAGAUAAGCUAUGGCCGCAAGAUGGUGAGAAGGGUGUUCACUUGGUGCGAAACAUGGUUCGGUUCAUGAGGACUUGGUCUGAUCAGCGUGUAUAUGGAACAUUUUGGGUGAGCCACAAGUUCAAGACUGGAAGCAUUAUGACAGAGUAUCGAGAUGGCAACUUUGGCCAAGUAUACUUGGUCAAGGGUCACAACAGUGUGAUUGCGGAGCUAGGACCUCAGUUGCCUUUUUGUUGCAGAACAACUCUCUUGCCUAUGUACGAUUUAUGGACCUAUGCUGGCAUCAUCACUGCUAUGUCCGUGCGUCCAUCUGCAAAGCAACUAAAAGAUCUUGAAGCUCAUGUGAAGAAAGCUAUUUUGGAAAAGACGGUUAGUUGGCGGAGUCCGAACGCUGAGCAUUGGCGGUAUCCACCGCCUCCUUUCCCCACGAACAAGAACACUUCAGGUGAAGAAGCUGAUUUGGAUUGGAGUAAUCAUGAAGAUGUCUACAGUAAUCCAAAUAUAAAUACUGAAGAAUCCGAGGAAGUCACCGAAGAACACAUGGAGAUUGGUCGCAGGAUUGUAAAAGCUGCGCUAUCAAAAGGUGGCAUCAAUCCAGAUCCUUCACCAGAAAACCGUUGGGUGAUACGGCGAUGGGGAUAUUCCUACGAAGAAAAUCCAAAUGGCAUGGCCAUGUUUAUGGGAGGCGGUGGACCUCUCCCGGUAUCGCCAGUCAUGUUUGAAGUAGACCAUGAACGUGGUAAAGACCCCAACGACAAAUACAUUCCCACGUACACUCUGAGAGAUAUUUUGCAUGGCGUACUUGACGCAGCAACACGGUGGCGGCUUCCUGGAGUUAUCCAACCAGACGACCUUGGCGUAGUGCGUCCACUCGAAAAGGUUUUGAAGGAAUGUUUCGAGGAAGAGGAUGUAAAUGCAAUUUCCGUCCAGUGGUAUCCACCUCCCUCUGAAGAAGAAUCUGACUAUGCAACUGCCUUUGGCAAUGAUAACCCAUUCUGA